AUGGAUCAGACCAACGAAGAGACGAACCAGGAGGAGGGCGUCGCAGAGUGUGACGCUGCGAGCGAUGCAGGGAUGAGUCAGCCUGAGACAGACGUGCUCAGCUUUGAAGAGAAGGAAGGACAGGAAGGCAAAAUUGAGAAGGAGAAGAUUGAUAUGGAAAACAUGAAAGAAGUGCUGGAGCUGUCUCAGACAGAGCUGGUUGUUUUGUCCAAGUCCUGGGAUAUGCUCAUGACGGCGCUGGGUGGCGAGCGAGAGACCGUGGGCGAUGCCAUCUUCGGCGCCCUGAGCAACCGCUUGACCGCCAUCCAGGAAGCCUUCAAGGGUCGUCCUAGGGCCAUCAUCUCCUUGAACCUCUUCAACGGCUUCCGGCUCUUGUGUGAAAAGGCGGUUGAUCCCCAGGAUUUGAAAAUCCAAGUAGAGACCUUGGCCUUCAAGCAUUUGGGGAAUGAAAUCACUCAGCAGCGGGUUGAUGGCGUUACCGAAGCCUUCCUGGAACUGAUGCAGCAGAACGUGGCUGAGCUGCCACCGGGUGCGGUGAACGUGUGGCAGAAGAUGCUCACCUACACUGGCUCUUGCUGCAGGUACAUUAGUGCCACCUACACCGACCGAUUGAAGAUCAUCCAGGAAGAUUGGGCGGUGAUCCAAUCCGCUCAGCACGAGACGGAGUCCAACGAAGAAGAGAAGGUCACCCGCAGCUUCGGUGGAAUGUGUGCCUUCAGCAACGAGGUGAUCGGACAACCCACGGAAGGUUGGAUGGAAGAUCUAUUGUUGGUCUUCAGUGUCCUGGUGGAAAGAAUUGGCAACCCAUCGCACUUGAUGGAGGAGUGUGAGCUGCUUGCGAUCAACUUUGUCGCCAAGUCCAAGAGCAAGUCCAUCGACUUUGACAAGUUCAAGCCAGUGAUGUUGGCAGCACUCCGAUCUCUGCUUCCGAAGACGUGGAGCACCACGCACGAGACGGCCUGGGAGUGGCUUUGGGCAACCAUCAGCCGGAACUUGAGCGAUUCCUCUUCGAAGGUGAGGGCCUUUAAAGUCUACAAUGCCCAGCUCUUUGGCGCGUUGAAAGAAGAGCACCUCAAUACCUUCCGGAACGAUCUCUACACCGACUUCUUCGCCAAGUGCGCAAUCAGUCAGGAUAUCUUCAAGCAGUCUCAGACACGGUUGCACUACAUCGCCGAUCGUGUGCUGCAGUCCUCUUACGACAUGUUUCACAAGCCGAAACAGGAGAUGGUCGACGAGUUGUCCGCCCUCGGCUUGCGACAUGUAGGUUAUGGAGUUCCCAUCGAGCUCUUUGCACCCUUCACUGAUUCCUGCGUGCAGGUCAUCAAAACCGUCGCCGCGAGCAUGCCGAAGUCGGAGUCCACGAAAAUUGUCGCUUGCGCGGUGGCAGGGAUGACCCAGGCAGAGGAACGUGACGUCCCCGAACACAUGAUGGUCGAGGGCUUCCGUUGGUCCAUUGGCCUGGUGGCACGCUUGCUGAUGCGGAUCAUCACCGAGGGCUCGACCGCUGUGAUGCAAGCCAUCUACCAAGACAGUGCUAAGCUUUUGCAGGCCGCCUUGAAGGAAGCUCCACGUGAGUACAGGAACUUCUUGCAGCUGAGGGUCCGCGUGGGGAGUCAGUCGAUCUCACCCCUUUACUGGGCCUUGAGGAGCGGUGCUCACACCGCCGCGCGGACCAUGCUCGAAGAUGUGCUGACGAUCCGUGCAGACAGAGAUCGUUACUACUAUGGAGUCAACGAUAUUUUCAAGUUCCAGCCGGACAUCGCGGCAGAUUUGCUCCAAGAGGCACCCAAGCUGGUGAACGUGUUUUUGGAUGGGCUCAUUUGGCGCUCGCACAAGACCAAGGAGGGGCAGCGUCCGGUGGUGUACUACAUGGAACAUUUGCUCCAAGAUCCCGACGACGAAAAGAUGAUCUCACGAGCCUUCGUGAGCUUCGUGCGCUUUCGAAACCCCAAGAUCAUCGUCCAUCUUGAUCUUCGUGCCUCGCUGCAGAAAGAACGUUUGUGUCUUCCGCGCCGGGGUACCGUCGGGGUACCGUCGGUAGGAAAGGUGGAUGUUUUUGGGAUGUUAGUGGUGGGUUCAUCAUUGUAA